CUACAAUAGGAGCUAAAGGAAGCAUUCGUAAGAAUCCCAAGAUAGCCAUAAGCAACAAUCGUGUGGAGCUGGGAGAUGAGAUGAGAGAGAGGUUGAUAAGGAAUCUGAUAAGGAAGAGAAAGCUAGAAGAUAGGCUCUCAGAUAAGGAAGCUGAACGGUCCUGCCUAUCUGAUAAGAUAGCUAUAUAG